AUUUUCCUGUUUCAGCUAUUGCGAGGCCUAGCUUAUUGCCAUCGGCAGAAAGUUUUGCACAGAGACCUAAAACCUCAGAACCUUCUCAUCAAUGACAGGGGAGAGCUCAAACUUGCUGACUUCGGUCUUGCACGUGCAAAGUCAGUGCCCACAAAGACAUUUUCUAAUGAAGUAGUCACUCUCUGGUACAGACCUCCUGAUGUGCUGCUAGGAUCAACAGAGUACUCCACCUCUAUUGACAUCUGGGGUGUAGGUUGUAUAUUUUACGAAAUGAUCACAGGACGCCCCCUCUUCCCUGGCUCAACAGUGGAAGAUGAGCUUCAUCUUAUAUUUCGUAUACUGGGUACUCCUACUGAAAAGUCUUGGCCAGGAAUUAACACCAAUGAUAACUUCCUUUCAUACAACUUUCCCCAUUAUGAUGGAGAACCUCUGAUUACUCAUGCACCCAGGAUUACCAAUGAUGGACAUGAUCUACUAUGCCAGUUAUUACAGGUAAAGUAUGCAUUUGAUACCUUUGAAAAGAAAAAAAAAACAAUGUACUAACCAUUCUGGGUUUAAAAGACAGUGAAAAGUGGAGACAACCCUGCUGACCAUUGUUGAAGCACUUCGACUGUCAAGAGUGAGCAGAAGAUGUAGGGUGUAUGGGACAGAGCUCAUUCUCCAAAAAAAGACAGAAAGAAGAGAUUUAAAUGUGUGCGGGUGGAGGCUGGCUGUGGGUAUGUGACGUAAGGAACUGGUUGCUGAUGGCUGCCACCUUAUCAGUGAAGAAGCUGACAAAGUCAUCAUCAGUCAGAGAAGAAUAAUCUCUACUAAUGAGCUGGGGAGUUGAAUCAGGUGUGUUAGAUGAGGGAGACACAGUUACAAAUGGCGUGAGGAUCCAUUUGCAGGCUUUUAUUCGACAAAGGCAUGGUCAAGCAGGCAGACGUCAAAAACACAGCAAACAGGAAUAUAGGAGGCAAGGCGGCAACAACAAAAUCCAAAAACAGGCAGCAAACAUUCAAAAAGCAAAGACAGGCAGAGUCAAAUCCAGAGAAUACCCAUAGGGAAAAACAACAAAGAACGAACAAGGUUUAUACUAACUAAAAUGCUACAUGUUAGUGAAAUGCCUGCUUCAGAAAUUGUAGUCAGCAAACAGGAAGUAGUAGCAGAGGAAGCGAUCGUAGUUCAUGCUAAGGUUAGAGCUCCUUCUGCUGGCUUGGCGUGAAGUUUUGCUUCAUUGGGAAUGUUGGGAAUGAAUGUGUAAUCCAAGAUGGUGGCGCGGCAGUAGCACUCAGUGGCCACUCCGGAACCAAAAUAGUGUUUUUUGUUUGGGAGGGCAAAAUGAUGGCUCAGCCAUAAGGGAGUGGUUCACGAUAUCAUAGUAACAAGGUAGGGGUUUCUAUCUGUGCCCUUGCACCCUAACUUGUGCCGGCCAGUUUGCUGAGUAGAUUAUUUUGAAAGCUAACUUUGGCCGCUGUCUUCUUUAGAUUAUCAUAAUAUGUUAAUGAUCAGUCCAGGGUAAUUCCGAGGUACAUCGAAUUUGGGUCAUGUUUGAUCUCCUGGCCCUUGAGGUAGAUAUUGAGAUCCUAUUUUGCUUGUGCAUUGUGGAGGUGGAAGAUACUGGAUACCAUCUUAAUUGCACUGGGUUGGAAUCGCCACCUACUGAAGUCUACCAACAAAUCCAUGUCCUUGUUCAGUACUUUCUUGACCUCAUCAAAUUUUCGAAGUUGGGUUCCAAUGCAGAUGUAAUCAGGGUAAAUUAAUUUGUGGGACCAUGUUGCUGGAAAAUAAUUAAUACAGAUGUUGAAAAGACAGGACGGAGCUGUUUUUGUCUGCCAUAUGUACUCGAAAAUGUCAUGGAGCAAGAGUUCCAUAGCCUCUAGUACAAAAUGCGGAAAAAGAUAGUUUCAGACCAUGUGAUAUUGCAUUUGGCUUGUAGUGAACUCAUAAAUAGAAUUUGGA